AUGUCGAAAGUUCUCAAGCAUGAUCUGCUCGGUUCUAUCACCGGCAUCAAGGACCAAAUUGUGGCCCAGUAUCGUGGGAUUAAAUAUGGCACGCUGGACCAUGCAUUCGCAGAAGCUGUUAUGUUCACAAACGAGGAGCAGAAGGACAUAGAUGCUACUGAAUUUGGUCCCCCGACAAUAUCACCACCGGCUUGUGGAGUCGAACAAGCCAUGAUGCAACAGCCUUUGCCUUACAAGAACCGAAGCCCAUCCCCCACAGACUGUCUAAAUCUCAACGUCACAGUUCCGGAGAUCGGAAAGAGUAACCUGCCUGUCUUUGUUUUCCUUCAUGGAGGAGGUUAUGCUAUAGGAGCCAACUCCUGGCCGCAGACAGAUCUGGUAAAUUUCGUCAAGUUCUCAGCCUCACAAGGCUCGCCUAUCAUCGGUGUUGGCAUCAAUUACCGGCUGGGGGCACCCGGAUUUCUCGCCUCUGAUGAACUCACUCAAGCCGGUUGCCCAACCAAUCGCGGUCUACGCGACCAGCGGCUUGCAUUUAAAUGGGUAAAGAAGUAUAUAUCGGGUUUUGGGGGUGACCCAGACAACGUGACUGUUAUCGGGGCGAGUGCAGGGGGAAAUGCUGCCUUGCUCCAUCUUGAGUCAUCUGAGCCGCUGUUUUCAAGGCUUAUUAGCCUUGCUGGCACACCGCUUGCUCUUCAGCCGCUUCCUUCUGAAGUUGCAACCUCUACAUACCAGGCUGUCUUGAAGCACCUGAACAUCAACGGUUCUUCAGCUCAAGAGAGGAUAGACGCAUUGGUUCGGGUACCUCCACCAGAUCUCCUUCAGAAGAUACCGCCUCACCUUCCGCUUUUCCCAAUGGUCGAUGGUGAUGUCGUGAAGCAUUUUAGCACCUUCAAUUUCUGGAGUGUUGAAGCAAGGGACAAACUCCCUGGGGCUAAGUGGUGCCAGAGUAUCAUGAUGGGAGAUGCACAGAAUGAUGCAAGUGUUAUGCCUUUUAUUCUGGGUCACCGUACAGAAAACCUCGUUCCAACCUUUGUAGCCACAGUUGAGGAGUUUUUCAAGGAUGAACCACAAUUCCUUGAACAAUUUUUCAGGGCGUAUGACAUGCGCAAUCCUAACCAUGAAAAGGCUACAGCUGCUAUCAUGGAUUUUAUGGGCGACUUGUUCUUCUUUGCUCCGUCAGUGGUGACAGCAGAUGGCUUCCCAGGCAAGAAGUAUAUCUAUCGUUUUAACGUCCCCAAUCCAUGGGACGGUCCGUGCAAAUCGACAGCCAACCAUACAUUCGACGCGGCAUGUUUCCUCUUGAACUAUCGUGCAAGCCUCCGGAAUGAACAACUUGCCUCGAGCGUUAUCAUGGCUACUGACUUCAUCAACUUCAUUCGUGGAAAGGAGCCGUACCCUGAAUAUACCCCUGGAAAGGGAGGAAUCAGGGUCUAUGGACCUCCCGCUGAUAUUCACUCGUUUGAAAGAUCUCUUGAUGGUGAUUUAACUGGCCGUCGUACCCACGUCCUAGAGCUGGGACAGAAGAUUGGUUUGGACAGAUUCUCAGGGCUGUGGCAUAGCUUUCAGAGCCAGAAAUAG